AUGGUGCGCGCUUGUGAUGCUGGACGUGGGAAAUGCGUUCAACACUGCCUCAGGGAGCCUCAUCAUCAGCGAGCUCCUAAACAUCCAGGUGUCCAGAUAUCUAUGCAACCUUAUCUGCAGCUAUUUGAACACCAGAACAAUCACGAUUGCAGGGAAGAAAAUGCAGAUUUCUACAGGGCUCUGCAUUGGGACCUCUCCUCUGGAACAUACUUUAUGAUGGAGUGUCAAGGAUCCCCCUGCAGCGAGGUAUCGAAACUAUUGCAUAUGCCGUCGACCUGGCCGUUAUCUCUACGGCCAACAACGAAAUCGACCUCAUACGGAAAACAAAUGAGGCGCUAA